GCGGCGGGGGCGGGGCGGCUCGCGGGACAGGCCCUCAGAGGAGGUAACACUGAGGGAAGAGGCGGCGGCCGCACAGCACUCGGGGAGACGGAGGAGGAUAAGGAAGGGGAGAGGAGGAAGAAGGGGAGGAAGGAGCGGUGGCUCUCGGCGGAUCCUGGUGGCUCCCGGGAUCAGGAGGGAAUCUCCAAUUCAUUGCUUGCUGAGUGUCCUGUCUGGUGAAAGUCAUGUCCAUAUUGCCAUUCACUCCACCAGUUGUGAAGAGACUUCUGGGGUGGAAAAAAUCUGCUGGUGGCACUGCAGGGGCUGGUGGUGGUGAGCAGAAUGGUCAGGAGGAAAAGUGGUGUGAGAAAGCCGUGAAAAGCUUGGUCAAGAAGCUAAAGAAAACAGGACAGCUGGAUGAGCUUGAGAAGGCAAUUACCACUCAGAAUUGUAAUACAAAAUGUGUGACAAUACCAAGAUCUCUGGAUGGCCGUCUGCAGGUGUCUCACCGCAAGGGACUGCCACAUGUCAUUUACUGCCGCCUGUGGCGCUGGCCUGACCUUCACAGCCACCAUGAACUUAAGGCAAUUGAAAACUGUGAAUAUGCUUUUAAUCUUAAAAAGGAUGAAGUAUGUGUAAACCCUUACCACUACCAGAGAGUGGAGACACCAGUCUUGCCUCCCGUGCUUGUGCCGCGGCAUACUGAGAUCCUAACAGAGCUGCCACCUCUGGAUGACUAUACCCAUUCCAUUCCUGAGAACACUAACUUUCCAGCUGGGAUUGAACCACAGAGCAAUUACAUACCAGAAACACCUCCUCCAGGAUAUAUUAGUGAAGAUGGAGAAACAAGUGACCAGCAGCUGAACCAAAGCAUGGAUACAGGAUCUCCAGCAGAGCUGUCUCCUAGUACUCUCUCUCCAGUUAAUCACAGCCUGGACUUGCAACCAGUUACUUACUCGGAGCCUGCGUUUUGGUGUUCAAUAGCAUAUUAUGAAUUGAAUCAAAGAGUGGGAGAAACCUUCCAUGCAUCUCAGCCUUCCCUGACUGUAGAUGGCUUUACAGAUCCAUCAAAUUCAGAACGAUUUUGUCUAGGUCUGCUUUCCAAUGUAAACAGAAAUGCUACAGUGGAAAUGACAAGGCGACACAUAGGGAGGGGAGUGCGUCUGUACUACAUUGGCGGAGAAGUUUUUGCCGAGUGCCUGAGUGAUAGCGCGAUCUUCGUUCAGAGCCCCAACUGUAAUCAAAGAUACGGCUGGCAUCCUGCAACUGUGUGCAAAAUUCCACCAGGAUGCAAUCUGAAAAUCUUUAAUAACCAAGAAUUUGCUGCUCUUCUGGCUCAAUCUGUGAAUCAGGGCUUUGAAGCAGUUUAUCAGCUUACUAGAAUGUGUACCAUAAGAAUGAGCUUUGUUAAAGGAUGGGGAGCUGAAUACAGGCGGCAGACGGUAACAAGCACUCCUUGCUGGAUUGAGCUUCACCUGAAUGGGCCUCUACAGUGGCUGGACAAAGUAUUGACUCAGAUGGGCUCCCCUUCAGUUCGCUGCUCCAGCAUGUCCUAAAACUCUCCUCUGUCACCAGUGGGCUAAAAACCAAGUCCAGUCAACAGACUUAAUAUAACAGCUCGUCUGUCGUAGUAUUUGUGUGUGGUCCCCAUGAACUGUUUACUAUCUAAAAAGGUUUUUUAAAAAGAAAAAAAAAAAAAAGAAAAAGGAAAAAAAAAAGAAAAGAAAAAAGAAAAAACAGCACUUGAGGUCUCAUCAGUUAAAGCACCUUGUGGAUUCUGUUUCCUAUACUCUGAUACUAGAUGAAAAUUUAGUGUAUAGAAAAGCCUUCUUCAGAAAGAAGGGACAGUUCUAAAGACUCUUUAAUGGUGUUUUUUAUUUGGUAUAUAAUUAAGUGUCCUAAUGGUUAUCAAUAACAUGAAUAGCUAAGUAUAUAUACAGAUAAUGUAUCAUGAUCUCAAAUAUCACAGUAUUGUGCUGUUCUACAUUUUAGUUCCCAUAAAUAGUCAUUUUGGUUUUUGAUUGGGGCAAGUAUCUCAUAAAAUUCCGACACUUUGCUCCCUUAUUCUUUUAUAUUUUUUUUAUAUAAGCAGGUUUUCAAGUUGUCCUAAACAUAAAAAGGCUUUCCUUAUAGAAAAGAUGAAUUUUUUGCUGCGUUCUUAAAGAGAAAGUCCCUCCAUUGGAAGGGAAAGAAAUGUCUUGAGAUUCAUCUGUGAAGUCUUAAGACACUUUAUAUAUUUAAUAGGGCCUAAAAUGAAUUCAUACUAUAAAUUCUGAGUGUCCAUCACACUAGCAGUCUACUUUUUGAUACCCAUCUGAGUUGAUGCAUCUGUUGCCAGCAGUAUUGCUGGCAGUGGUAUAAUUUGGGACUUUUUUGGUACCUUGAAUCAUUGAAAUGAGUGGUUUUUUCUCAUGGACUGAGAAUUUACCAUGGCUUUGGAUAUUGGAUUAAGUGCACAAGAUUAUUGGCUUACCCCUUACAGCUGUAUUUUUUCUUAUUGAGUAAGUCUUACCCCUUAUCUGUAUUUUUUUCAUUUUUUCAUAUGUCACUAAAAAUAAUGGGGUUUAGUUUUUGGAGCCGUAUAUCUUGAAAAAUAAUUUCCCGGGGUAAGCUAGACUCUUUUUGUUUAGGUCUUAAAUAGAUGCAGCUUCUUAACAUAUUUCAGUAACAGAAUUUAAAUUUCUUAUCUGAGUCGCUUUUAUAGUUUACUUACACACCUGAUCAUAUGCAUUCAUUAUGUCAUAAUGGGCCUUGUUAUUAAAAGUAGUUGCUUCUGCAAAACCUCUAGAAUAGUGGUUGCUGAGGUAUGACCAGCAAAGGAGGACUUCCAGGUUCUUCAUGACAGUGCAUGUUAUUGUGAACCCUUGGACACUACAGCUGCACCAUAUUAAAAAUAUUCUGAAAUAUAUUCUACAAAUAAGUCUGGGUUGGGGCUGGGUUGGGAAACUGUAUAGAAGGGUUAUUCUGACUUGAAAAAUACACAUCUUACUAACAAUCUUGUGAUCUAGCUGUCUGUCAUUCUUUUGUUAUUGUGGCAGUAGCAGGAUUGCCUUUGUCUGUUUUUUUCCAUUGUUUCAUCAAUUACACUAGUUCUGUACUUUGUAAGUACAGCUAGUGAUAACCUAGCUUUGAGAACAAAAAUGUGGCCAGUGUUACAGCUUUUAAUCACUUGACUGAAUCGAUGAUAGUGAUGGAUAUUUUUAUGCCAUAAUGAAUGACUAGGGCAUAGAAGCAAUACCAAAAAUCAAGCCUUGAGAAAAUGGGCCAGACCUUUCAAAAAUUGGCAAAGCAGUUACCAGUUUGUGCUAGUUUUACCAGUAGACUAAUGUAUUGGUAGAACUUGUGAACCUAAGAGAUAAGCUUCAUGCGUGUUGCAUUUGCCUAAUAUGUGAAUACACUAAUAAAAGUUUUAAUUCUCACAA